GUUUUGAUAACCUUGUACUGGCUGGGAAGAAAAGCACAAAGUAAUCCCUGCUAUCAUGGUCCCUAUCUUAAUUUGAAAGCAUUUGAGAAUCUUUUAGGACAAGCUCUGACUAAGGCUCUCCAAACAUACUCUGAUGACAUCUUGUCUUCUGAAACAAAUGUCAGAAUUGAUCCCACUUCUGGCCCAAGGCUCAUAACACGCAGAAAGAACCUUCCUCACGCACCAGGCUUUAGAAGAGAUGACCUUGAGAUGCCAACCUUGGACCCUGAUUUAGAAAAUGAUGAUUUCUUUGUCAGAAAAACAGGGGCUUUCCAUGCAAAUCCCUGUGUUCUCCGAGCUUUUGAAGACUUUAGAAGGUUCUCUGAGCAAGACGAUUCUGUAGAGCGAGAUAUAAUUUUGCAAUGUAGAGAGGGUGACCUCGUACUUCCAGAUUUGGAAAAAGAUGAUAUGAUUGUUCGCCGAAUUCCAGCACAGAAGAAAGAAGUGCCUCUGUCUGGGGCCCCCGAUAGAUACCAGCCAGUCCCUUUUCCUGAACCCUGGACUCUGCCUCCGGAAAUUCAAGCAAAAUUUCUCUGUGUUCUGGAAAGGACAUGCCCACCCAAAGAAAAGAGUACUAGCUGUAGAAUAUUAGUUCCGUCCUUUCGGCAGAAGAAGGAUGAUAUGCUGACUCGCAAGAUUCAGUCUUGGACACUGGGGCCUUCUGUUCCUCCCAUCAGUUUUACCCCUGGUCCCUGCAGUGAGGCCGACUUGCAGAAGUGGGAGGCUAUCCGGGAGGCCAGUCAACUUAGGCACAAGAAACGACUGAUGGUUGAGAGACUCUUUCAAAAAAUUUAUGGUGAGAACGG